UCCCCUGUAACCCCCAAGCCAUGGAUUUGAAUCGCCCCCUCUGUUGCCUGUGUGGCGACGUCGGUUUUCCAGCCAAGCUCUUCCGCUGCGCCAAUUGCUCCAACCGCUUCCAGCACUCUUAUUGCAGUAACUUCUACUGCGGGGAAUCGGCCGACCCAAUAACUCGACUCUGCGAUUGGUGCCGAACCGAACACACAACGCGCCGCCCUAGCCCUGCAGCUGCGAACAAUGGGGCCACAUCCCAAAAGCCUCACAAAAUGACUGAUCAAAUUACUGAAACAAAAAGCUCUGCCACUGGAGUGCCCUCGCCUCGCCCUGCUCCACGCCGCUACAAGCUUCUCAAGGAUGUCAUGUGUUGAAUCCAUUAACUUGCUCUUAAAAUAAACUUGUAAACCUUAAAUAGUAAUUUCUAAUUUGAAAUCAUGUUUAUGGCAC